CCAAAUUCCGAUACACUGGUGACGAGAAUCGUUCAUAUCCCAUCUCUAUUACGUGCAAAAACAUUGCCCACGUAGAUCAACCAAAAUUUGUUUAAUAAAGUCUUAAUUUAGCCGUAUAGGAGAACCAUUUACUACCCGAUGUUCGCAGGAUGAGUGUAGUGAAACAACUGAGCGCCUUGGACAUCGGCACAAGUGGACAGGUGGACGAGACUCUGCAGCGAAUUGCCGAAGAAGAGGCGAAAGUAAACGAGAAACUGGAAGCUUUGCUGGCCAAACAAUGCCAGAUAGAAGCCAAAAUGAGCGGCAUUGGCCGAUCCUUGACUCUGUUGCAUACCGUGGACAGUGAUUCCAGCAAGUUAAAUGCACAAAUCGUAAACACCGCCCAGUUGGCCGAGUCUGUGAGCGCCAAGGUACGCCGGCUGGAUUUGGCCAGGUGCCGGGCCUCCGAGUGCCAGCAGAGGGUACACGACCUUAUCGACCUCCACCUGUGCAGCCAGGGCGUGGUGAAGGCCAUCGGCGAGGAAGACUACGAGAAGAGUGCCACGCACAUUGCUCGCUUCCUGGCAAUGGAUCAGCAGCUUCUGCGGCGCACCGCUGACGAUGUCCAGGGCUCUAUAACUUCGGUGAGCGAUGCGGUCAAGACACUGGAGGAUGCCACGGAAAAGACACGGGUGCUCAUCGCAAAGCGAUUCGACGAGGCCGUCAAGAGCGAUGAUUUGGCUUCGGUGGAGAGAUUCUUUAAGAUAUUUCCGCUUAUAGGCUGCCAUCGCAUUGGCAUUGAGAAGUUUUCCACAUACAUUUGCCAGAAGCUGUCGGCUAAGGCGCAGAAGGAGCUGCGGAAUGCCCAGGAUAUAGCCAAAGCUGAAUCCAGGAUGCAGUUGGCAUAUGCUGAUCGUUUGACUGCCAUUUUGGAGAAUUUCGCACGAGUCGUCGAGGUUAAUCAGCCCAUAAUUGAAGCAUUCUAUGGCCAAGCUUCUGCCUCUCUGAUUGACAUGGUAGCCAUACUGCAGCACGAAUGCGAUGCUGAAGUCAAGAACCUGUUAAUGGAGUUCAACAAAAACCGACAGAUUCAGUACCGUAGCAAGCAAGUAAAUGAAUCGACACAGAGGAGCGCUGCAGGCGGCGGCAGCGUCAGUAGCAACAGUAUUCAGGCUUUGGGACAUUAUCGAAAACCCUCUGGUGGAUCCGUGGACAAGCUGAAUCCCAAGGAAAUCGAUGCCAUCAUCGCUGAAAUCACUGUGAUGCAUGCUCGAGUAGAGCUGUACUUUAGAUUCAUGCGGCGUCGCUUGCAGGUUCAUAUAGAGACUUGUGUGCCCGAAAAAGAACAAAUGGAAAUAAUGGAGCGCUAUGAAAAGAUAAUGAAGAACUCGGACUUGCGCCGGCAAAUGCAAGAGAUUCUGAGCACCUAUUUGCUCCUUGAAAGAUAUUUCAUGGAGGAAAGCGUCCUCAAGGCCAUCGGCUUGGAUGCCUAUGAGCCCGGGCAGCAGUGCUCUUCCAUGGUGGACGACGUCUUCUUUAUAUUACGCAAAUCCAUUCGCCGAGCCCUGACUACUCAGUCCAUCAACGGAACCUGUGCUGUCAUCAAUAAUGUGGCAGCCUGUCUAGACGGUGACUUCGUAGCGGCGCUUAAGGCUCCCCUUAAAAACGGCUAUCCAUCGGGCUACAUUGACCUGGCUCAAGCCUAUAAUGCCAUUCAGACAACUUUGCAGCAGGGCAAAUUACAUUCCAGCGACGCCGAUCGAGUUCGGGGCAAUUUCCUCGUCCAGCUUAACAAUGCCGACAUCUCCACAGAGUAUAUCGAGACUCUGUGGCAAACGAUGGAGCAGGAAAUCGGUGGAACAUUUCCACAAACCUCGCCGGUGGAGCGACAAUUGCUGGAUAGCUGCCUUACAGAACUAAAGGCUGUGCGAGAUACCCUGAAGGCCACUGUUGAUUUUGGAAUGCAGCAACUCCGAUCCAGCGUUAUCAAGCCGCGACUGAAUCCCUGGAUCAAUCAGUUCUUGAAUUAUAGUCACAAUUUGAAUGAGGAAGAACUGGCUGCUUACGAGGCUGGCGAGACUUUUGUUCAGUUUUUCAUUGUGCAAUUGGAUGGGCUGCUCAAUUCCUUCAAGAGCUCCCUGAGUCCCAGGAACUACGACGCCCUAGUCAGUAUUCUAGCCACCGAAGUAACAAUCCAAUUGGAAAGGGCUAUAAAGAAAAUAAGCUUCAAUAGGCUGGGCGGCCUGGUGCUGGAUCAAGAGGUCCGUGCCUUGGGAAGUUAUCUAACAGGGGCCACGUCCUGGUCUGUACGGGAUAAAAUGACGCGGAUCUCACAAAUAGCCACACUUUUAAAUCUGGACAAGAUUUCAGAGCUCUCCGAGUACUGGAGUCCCGAGAAUAACAAGGAAAUGUCAACAUGGCACCUGACGCCCAACGAAGUUCGCACAUUUCUAACCUUAAGAAGCGACUUUCGCAUAGAGGACAUUAAACGCCUGCAGCUUUAGGCUAUUUAUUUAUUACCUUUGACC